AUGGCGGACGCAGCUCCAGCCGGUGGGCGCGGUGGAUUCCGUGGAGGAUUUGGAGGUGCUCGUGGAGGUCGUGGUGGUCCACGUGGUCGUGGACGCGGCCGCGGUAGAGGCCGUGGUCGUGGAAAGGAAGACCAGAAGGAAUGGAUUCCUGUAACUAAACUAGGACGUCUUGUCCGUGACGGAAAAAUCCGAUCCCUUGAAGAGAUCUACUUGUUCUCUCUACCAAUCAAAGAAUUUGAAAUCAUUGAUUUCUUCAUUGGACCCUCUUUGAAAGAUGAGGUGUUGAAAAUCAUGCCCGUACAGAAACAAACACGUGCUGGUCAGCGUACCCGUUUCAAGGCUUUCGUCGCCAUUGGUGAUAGCAACGGCCAUAUUGGCUUGGGGGUGAAAUGCAGCAAGGAAGUGGCCACAGCCAUCAGAGGCGCCAUCAUUCUGGCCAAGCUAUCUGUAGUUCCAGUGCGUAGGGGCUACUGGGGUAACAAAAUUGGUAAACCCCAUACGGUACCAUGCAAGGUCACCGGGAAGUGCGGCUCGGUCACCGUGCGGCUCAUCCCGGCCCCACGUGGUACCGGAAUCGUCUCAGCCCCCGUCCCCAAGAAACUUCUUCAGAUGGCAGGUAUUGAGGACUGCUACACUUCCGCUAGAGGUUCGACCGGAACUUUGGGCAAUUUCGCCAAAGCCACUUACGCCGCUAUUGCUAAGACGUACGCCUAUUUGACUCCCGAUUUGUGGAAGGAGAUGCCUUUGACGAAGACGCCGUAUCAAGAGUUUGCAGACUAUCUCGCGAAGAGCCAUCGCCCCGUUUCGGGACAGAGACCGGCAGAAGCUGGACUCUAAACCCAACAUUUCCUUUUUUAUUUUUUUGUUUGAUUUUUUUUCUUUUGUUUGAUAACUUGCUGUUAAUAUGUUCAUGGGCAGAGGGUGCUGAUGUACGCUGGUUGAAUGCGGGACACAUUUCAACGAACUUACCUCACUGUGUCUGUCUAUGAACCUGUUGAAGCACGAAAAAUAAUAAAGAUGUAAAAAAUAAGUACCACAAUAAACAGUUUAUAGAGA